AUGAUCAUGCGUCUACUUUUUCAACAUGGACAGAAUCAUACAGAAUUACGCUGUCAAUAUGGGGGCGGGCAUGAAAUCCGAUGGUCGCCCUACGAGCAGGUCCUGCCGAUUCUUCUCCAGGACACCAACGGACCUUGUCCCUUGAUCGCUCUCGUGAACACGCUUAUUCUCACCAACGACAUCGAAAAACGCACCGUGGAUUUGCAGGAACCGGCCGGGCCUUCCCGGGAUCUGGAGCCUCAGGCACCGCCAGCCACCGCCGCAUCCUCGGCACAAAAAGAGCAGCAAAGUGUGCCCGGGGCUCGCCGUUUGAACGUGGCGCAGUUGCGCAGCCUCCUCAAUCUGAACAUAGGCGGCACGGUCGAAGUGCCGCAGAUCCUCUCGUCUUUGGGCGACCUUUUGCUCGAUAUCCCGGACACGGACUCGGCGGUUUUGAACGGGCUCUUGGAGUCGCUCCCGCUUCUCCACACCGGCCUCGACGUGAAUCCAAACCUCACCACCGGCGGGUUUGACCCCGAGGAAAUGGCGUCGCAGAUCUUCCGUGUGUUUGGGCUCAAUUUCGUGCACGGCUGGUGCCGGGAGCCCUCCGGCGAUGCCGAUUUGGAUGCGGUGUUUGCCCGCCACCAGACGUUCGAGGCCCUCCAGGAAUACUUGCUCACCAGUGCAGAAAACACGGUGCAGAAAACGCACAUCGAGGCCUGGGUCCAGGACAACGCCUCGCAAUUGACGGCCCACGGGCUCCGGCGCAUCGACGAGAAGAUGCAGCCCGACUCGCUUGCGAUUUUCUUCCGCAACAACCACUUCCUGACGUUGUACAAGGCGCACAACCAGGACCUCUACCUCCUCAUCACGGACGACGCGUUCUUGAAGCAUGCAAACUACGUGUGGCAGUCCAUCAACUCGGUCUCGGGCGGCGACGACCUCUAUUUUGCAGGGGACUUCACGCCUCUCAUGGACGGCGCAGACCCUGGCGAAGCGGCCGGGGUGGAUGAGAGUCUUGUGUUCGCCAAGCAGUUGCAGGAAAAGGAGGAUAUCGCGUACGCGCAGAAAUUGCAGCUGAGCUACAAGAAACGGGCCGAGAAGACUCCGUUCUCUGGUGCAGGCGAGGGCCCAGACCCCAGUUUGCCGCAGCUUGAAGACAAGAAGAUGUUGCUGAAGAAAAGCUCGAAAGGCCUGUCCAAGGAAGCCAGGUCCAAGAAGAAGGACACAUGUGUGAUCACAUGA